AUGCCGGGGCCUUGGCUCACAUGGAAUGUGCGUGGGCUAGGUGGAACUAUGAAAAGAGAGGCUGUCAAAAAAGCACUUCAGCAAUUGAAACCAGAAUUGAUUCUAUUACAAGAAACAAAAUUGAAUGAACAGAGGAAACGGACAGUUGAACAGUGGACUCAAAGUUUGCAGAUGAAUCAUGUCGAGGUUCAGUCAGUGGGAGCAGCAGGUGGCCUCAUGUGUCUGUGGAAGGAAAGCAGCUUUCAAGUUCAGUCAGUGGUGACAGACACUAAUUUUAUUUUUUUGUCUGUAAAAAUACCAAAUUAUGAGCACCCAAUUCUGGUGGGGAAUGUUUAUGGCCCCCAUUCUUUGGCGGAACGUAGACUAUGUUUUGAGGCUUUGAAAGUACACGUACUAAGUCAUACAGGAAUGGUGUUUCUUGGGGGCGAUUUUAACGCUGUUUUACUAGGAUCGGAGAGGUCUUCAGGAGGAGUUCUUGAUGUAGGCGAUGUGGUUUUUCAACAAUUUGUCACUGAAACCAACUUAUCAGACCUGCCCCUGCUAAAUGGCAAGUUCACGUGGUACUCAAGUCGUAACGAUGGCCUAUGGAGUCGAUUGGACAGAUGGCUUGUGUCGGACGAGGUGAUGUUAUCUUUUUCGAAUAUUUCACAAUCUGUGUAUGCAUGGAAUGUUUCAGAUCAUAGAGCAGUAGGUUUGGUGUUUGGUGAACCUGACUCUGGCCCUAAACCUUUCCACUAUUUUAAUCAUUGGGUGGAUGAUGAUGGAUUUUAUGAGGUGGUCGAAACCUGGUGGAGGUCUGCAGUUUACCAAGGUUGGUCGGGAUAUAUUUUGCAGCAAAAAUUAAAGGGUCUGAAGGGGAAAAUAAGAGAGUGGCGCAAGGGGAAAGGGGUGUGGGGGGUGGAAAAAAUUAUGUGCUUAGAGAAUAAAUUGCAGGAAGUGAUGGGGGAAAUGGAGGAGCAAGGGGGGGCGGAGGCUUUGUCUAAGGAGAGGAGGGAGAUUUUGGAAGUUUUAUGGAAAGCAUACCGCGAGGAGGAAAGAACUUGGCGUCAGAAAUCAAGGGUGCGGUGGUUGAAGGAGGGUGAUCGGAAUACAAAGUACUUUCAUCGCAUCUGUAAAGCAAGAAUAGUAAAAAAAAAAUAUCACCCAGUUAAGUUAUCAGGGAAGAGACUUAACUACCCCAAGGGAAAUUAA